AUGCACUGCAGCACCGUACGGUGUAUAAAGUCGUCUCAAGAGUCAAGAGUCUCGACGUCGACAAAAGAGGAGGCGCACGGUUUGGGGUUUACACCCCAAGCAGUCUUGAUGGGGGAAACCCGGGGUUCGGGGUUCCCCAAGCCCAGCGACGCCUUAGGGGGAGACUUUACGACUGACGCGGGCGAGCCGGGAGGGGGGGCUAGCAACCCGACCUCCCAAGAUUUUGAAUUUAGCGCUUUCGACUCAAGAAGAAAUGACCCCGAUCGCCCACAGGGGUCGGGGAGGGCGCGAAUCCGCACCCCUGGCACUCGUGACACGGCUCAAGCGAGCGAAGUCGGUAGUGGCUGGGUGUGUCCGGAGUGUGAGCGAGCGUUUACAACCAAGAUUGGAGUGGGUGUGCAUAAAAGGCGCGCCCAUCCUUUAACGACCAAUAUCGACGCUGCCCCUGCGCAGAUCAAGCGGCGGUGGCGAGAAGAGGAGGUGGCCUUGCUGGCGAAAACGGAAGCGCGUCUGGUAAGGGAGUUUGUUCAGUGCACAAAUCAAGAACUGGCCAACAAACUGCCACAAACCCCCCAGUAA